UGGAUUAAAAUAAUAGAAAAAAGAAGAGAGGAGAAGAAAAGAAAAAUAGAAUGAAGGGCGGUGUAAAUGUGAAGAAGAGGAAUUUAACAGGAAGAACACCCACAUUCUCAUCACCCGUUCUUAUCUGCCUUGUUCCCUUAGCUCUAUUCUCAUUGAUUAUCGUUUCCCUAAUCAUCUUACACAUCAAGGUGGAGGGCAUCGUCUCCCGUACAAAGACCGUUGCUGGACACAACUUGGAUCCGACUCCUUGGCAUCCCUUCCCACCUCUUAAUCUCAAACAAUCCAUUAUCGACGACGACGAUGAUGAGUCGAGGCCUUGGUGGGGUUUGUUUCCUCAAGUAGCUACUUCUCCCAUCCUUCACUGCUCUUAUCUCCUUACCUGUCCCACAAUCAUCCCAUCACCCUCCUUCAAUUCCUCCUCCUCCUCCUCUUCUCCUCCUUCUUGCCUUCCCUUGUUCCAAUGGAUCCACCAAGAUCUAUACCCUUGGUCUCUUUCCCGCAUUUCCUUCUCCACUCUUAUGCAAGCCCGCAAACAUGCUGCCUUCCGUGUUGUUAUUUCCUCUGGACGUCUAUACGUCGAUUUCUACUAUGCCUGCGUCCAGAGUCGUUCCAUGUUUACCAUUUGGGGCCUCUUGCAGCUUCUCCGCAGGUACCCAGGGAUGAUCCCAGACGUCGAUCUCAUGUUUGAUUGCAUGGACAAGCCGAUCAUCCGCUCCGACGAUUUCUCCCCAUCAACUACUUGGCCACCCCCUCCCCUCUUCCGCUACUGCACCACCAAAGAUCACUUGGACAUCCCUUUCCCCGACUGGUCUUUCUGGGGUUGGCCUGAAGUGAACAUAGCACCCUGGGAUGAGGAAUUCAGAAGCAUUAAACUAGGUUCUCAGGAACUAAAUUGGAAAAAGAAGUCAAGGACGGCAUACUGGAAAGGUAAUCCAGAUGUUCAGUCUCCCAUACGUACAAAGUUACUAAGCUGUAAUAACUCCAAGACUUGGGGUGCUCAGAUCAUGCGUCAAGAUUGGGCUAAAGAAGCAAGAGCAGGUUUCAAGCAGUCCAAACUAGCAAAUCAAUGUAAUUAUCGGUAUAAAAUAUACGCUGAAGGAUAUGCAUGGUCAGUGAGUAUAAAAUAUAUAAUCGCAUGUGGUUCUCUUUCACUAAUAAUACAUCCACAGUACAAGGAUUUCCUCAGCCGGGGUCUUAUGCCGAGAAAAAACUAUUGGCCCAUUAGUCCCACCAACCUUUGUCCAUCUAUCAAGUUUGCUGUUGACUGGGGCAAUGAGCAUCCAUUGGAGGCAGAGGCCAUAGGAAAAGGAGGACAAGACUUCAUGCAAAAUUUGAAUAUGGAGCGGGUUUAUGAAUACAUGUACCACCUAAUUGUGGAGUACUCGAAGCUGCAGGAUUUCAAGCCUACUCCACCUUCAUCCGCUCAGGAAAUGUGCGAAGAUUCCAUACUCUGUUUUGCAGAUCAGAAGCAAAGGCAUUUUCUUAAAAGAUCAUCAGCCUCCCCAUCAUCCUCCCUCCCAUGCACACUUCCAGCUCCAGAUCACCAUCUCAUUGAAAGGUGGAUACAGGAGGAGGAAAAAAUAAUAGGUGACCAGGAAAAGUUGGAAACAACAUGAGAGAAGCAUGUACCAAUAUGACCUUGGAUAUAAAUCUUAUUCAGGACAGGAACAUGUAAUUUCGCAAGUAUAUUCUAGGACCUGUUCAGAUACUGUUACAGGAGCAGCAGAAAGCAGAAAGAAAAGCACUACAGUGGAGUAAAGAUCACCUUCUAAAAAUGGGCAUUCGCUUUCUGAACCUACUACAGAAGACCUCCUUGCUGAAGUACCUUGACACAGCAUGGUUGCAGACAUGAAUUGAGCACUUCCGCAUUUCAGUUGUGAGUAUUCAUUGACAUGGAUAUGCAUGCCUUUGAAACUGGUCCUUGAAACAGAUAAAGUGAACCUAUUCGGCUCUCUCCCCUCUCUCCCUCUCAUGAAUGGAUCAAUUCAUAGUAAUUAUUAUUAUUAUUAUUAU